AUGGAUGAUGUACUAUGGGUGUAUAGGACAGCCUAUAAAACACCCAUUGGCACCUCUUUUUAUUGCUUGGUAUAUGGUAAAGUAUGCCACUUGCCUGUGGAGCUUGAGCAUCAAGCUUAUUGGCUAGUAAAGAAACUGAAUCUCGAUACGAAGGUUGCUGGUGAGAAGAGAUUGAUUAAACUGAAUGAACUCGAUGAGUUUUGUCUCCAUAGUUAUGAAAAUGCUAAAUUUUACAAAGAAAAUACUAAGAAAUGGCAUGAUAAGCAUAUUCUAAAUAGAGGUUUUGAACCUGGACAACUUGUUUUGCUAUUCAAUUCAAGAUUGAAGUUGUUUCCAGGUAAGCUAAGGUCCAAGUGGUCUAGGCUGUUUAAAGUUGUGAGAAUGAUGUAUCAUGGAGCUGUUGAGCUGUGUAACAAGGAGAAGACUAAAAAAUUCAUGGUGAAGGGACAGAGAGUGAAGCAUUAUUAG